AAGAAAUGAGGGGCUUAAAGUUUAAGGGUCGCAUAGGAAAGCGUAGGAGGCUUAGGAAAAAGUACCAGAAAAGUGAAUCUGAUAAUGGAAGUUCUCAGCAAAAGGAUUUCGCCAAUGGUGUUUCUCCUAGGGAACUAUUUGACAGUGAAACUGAAAAUACUUUGCCUAUUUCCUUACUGUUUUCAGGAAAAUGCGCAUAAAGAGCAGAAAAGACGAUAUAGGGGGAGAAUCUAGGAAAGAAACUGGUAACCAUAACAACAAUGAGAUUGAAGAUAAUGCUACCAUGUUAGAAGGAAUUAAUGGUGUUCAACUUGAAUGUAAAUCAGGGAUUAGGAAUGUAGAUAAGCUUGAAGAGCUGGUAAGGGAGGAAAGAUUACCGGAAGCUGAUCAUUGUGUGGUUGAAAAAGUAAUAUUGGAGCAAAAUGACCAAAAUCAAAAGCUGUCCAGUAAUGAGAUAUGUCAAUCUGAUAAUCCGUUGUUGACACCCAGUGAAGUGGGUACUGUCGAUGGAGCUAAGCUAAUUCGGAAAAGAAAGGAACAAUUUGAAGACAAUGAUACCAAAGGGGGCGAGGUCUCCAAAAAUGGUUCGAAUUUAAAUCCCGUGAUCAAGGAUGUACUUAUGGAGGAUAAGGAAACCCAAACUCAAGUUAAUGAUAAAAGUCAAUCUAAGAAGAGGAAAAAGAAGAAAAGGUGCAAGGAUGAGGGAGAGGUGGAUGGUACGAAGAUGAAACCACCAGUCCUUAAAAGGGAGCAAUCUGUUGACUUGAAUGACAAAAAUAGUAAUGACCGGGAAAUUCAGCUGUCGAAUGGAAUUAUGAUUGAAGAGUUAGAAAAGGGAAAACCAAAUGGGAAAAUAGCUUCUCUUGUUAAAAAGGCAUGUAGUAUUUUAUCCCUGGGGUUUCAUUGGAUGAAAGGAAUUGGUAUUUUUUCCCCUUUGGUGCUAAACUAUUCACAAAGUUUUGUUGCUGUCAGGUCCGUGUCCAUUAAAGUUGAAGAACAGCGGGGAAGUAAUUGA